AGCCUAACAUCCGCUUCCGUUUCCAACACCUUUUGGGCGGAGAGUGGAUCCGGUGGCGGCCGAGGCCUGCGGGCGGGUGAGGCGCCCCAAUUUUCACCGCGUCGCCUGCGUUGGACUCAGGCAGGAUGCGGGAACCGUGUGGGAAAUGGACAGCCGCAUACCUUACGACGACUACCCGGUGGUUUUCCUGCCUGCCUAUGAGAAUCCCCCAGCAUGGAUUCCUCCUCAUGAGAGGGUAUACCACCCAGACUACAACAAUGAGUUGACCCAGUUUCUGCCCCGAAUCAUCACACUGAAGAAACCUCCUGGAGCUCAGCUGGGGUUUAAUAUCCGAGGAGGAAAGGCCUCCCAGCUGGGCAUCUUCAUCUCCAAGGUGAUUCCUGACUCUGAUGCACACCGAGCAGGACUUCAGGAAGGUGAUCAAGUCCUAGCUGUAAAUGAUGUGGAUUUCCAAGAUAUUGAGCACAGCAAGGCUGUUGAUAUCCUGAAGACAGCUCGUGAAAUAAGUAUGCGUGUCCGCUUCUUUCCCUACAAUUAUCAUCGCCAGAAAGAGAGGACUGUGCACUAAAGAGUUGCAACCCAUAGCCCUCCACUUGGAAUCUUCUAGAAUAAGCUGGCUGGUCCCCAGGGAAACCACUUGAGAAACUACAGACAUCCCCUCCCUGACACAGUGGAGUGGGGAGGAUGGGGAGACGAGUUAGCUAACCAACUGCGUUACCCAAACUAUACUGUACUUUUCGGUUCCCUAGUUUUCUAGGUGAGUUUCAUUCCCUGACAGGAGAAGGAUGAUGAUGUCUCGGUAUAGUCUAACCUGUGGAGAACCAGCUGGAAAAUGCAGCUGACACUUACUGUAUACCAUGUGCCAGAUAAUUACAUACAUGUCACAUCAAUUUCAUUAGAGUAUAGAAAUCAACAGUAAAAAGCAUCUUGGGGGCCAUCUCAUCCUAUUAUACUACCAGUCUCAUAUGCUUGGGAGACUCCAGUGGGACCCUCUUUUUUCACCCCUUCCUUUUCCUAUCCUUUCCUCUAAAAGUAAAACACAAUUCUGAGGAAAUGUCGGUGUGACUUUGGAUGAUAGUAAUUGGGUAUGAAAUGGUAUUGAGGCCAAAAUAAAAGCUCUCCCGUUAUAAUUCUGUCCCUGGGUCAGAACAGGUUGCUCCUCAACAACCUGGAAGAACACAGCAGCUCAAAGAGAGGAGUCACUAAAAGGAACAAAGCAGCAUUAUACCUACAUCACAACUUUUUAUCUGGUCAGAACAUUAGGGACACCCAGGAGCCAUAGCCACUAUAUAAUGGGAGAAUGGCGCAGGGAGAGGAGUACUGGAGGAAGCACAGCUCUGCCUCCCAGGAGCUUUGGACAUUUCUCUGCAGGGGACAGUAUUAAUAUAGUUCUGUCUUCUAUCCCAGAUUCUUUGAUCUGGAAUAUAAACUAAGGGAGAAACCUAGAUGCAGUUCUUUUCAGGAGUGGCUGUAAGAAAUUGGUUUCAAAUUUCCAUUUUGUAUGUUGAGUAGUGCUGACUACUUUCUCCUUCUCUUUACCCUAGUCCCCAAAUAACCUGCCAUCUUAAUACCUUAGUUACCAAUCCAUUGUUAGAGAUUUCAGGGGACACCUUAAGCCAUUUCCAUUGGCAUAUUCAAAAUAUAUACUAUUCAGAAUGAAGUAUGAAGUAUAAUGAAGUAUGGCAUGAAAUACCCCCUCCCACCCUUAAUGGAGGUCAUAAAUUUGUCGUGCAAGAAUCCUGGGAUGCUUAAAUAUAUAUUUUCAGGCCCUUCCACUAGAGAGUGAUUCUGUUGGUCUGAGCGCCUGGAAACCUGAAUUUCUAAAGUCUUCAACUAUAGGAAACAGUUCUGAAUAGUCAUUUUUCUAUGAAGAAGUUCUGGCUUUCCCUGUAACCCCUGUUCCCCACCCCCCACCCCCAACCAUAUAUGCUAAGCUAUCUCUUUAUGCUCAGUGCCAUUGUUAGGUAGCAAUAUCCCUUGUGAGCAGAGCUGGGAGUAAAGUUUAGCUGUCUAAAUGCUAACUGGAAAAUCCCUUCCUAUUCUAUGCUCCUGUUUGCCGCCCCCCCCCCACCCCAUGAAAAACCUGAAAAAAAUAGAGGCUUCCAGGAGUGGACUAGAUAUUUCCACAAAGGUAUAUUGACUGAGUCUACUGAAUGUUGCAGUCCAAGACUCCCUAUAGUUAACAGGUUUUAAAACAACUCAUCUGAGAAGUGAUAAGCAUGAUGAAAAAGUCUCAGCCAGGUACCACGGGCCCAAGGAAAAUCCUGCCUCUAAAGUGGAUGUUACUUUGAGAUACUUGGAAUGGUUCCAUCUUGGGGCACCAGCAUGAUUCAAUUGCAUUGUGGAGAUCUACGUACAAUGUGGAGAAGGACCUGCCAUUCAUUGAGGCUGUAGAUAACACAAUGGAGAAUGAAUUAAUUGGUUUUUGAUGUAUCCCAACUGGUGUAAAACUGCAUUCCUUAGAGAAGGUAAGGUAGAAUUUCUGGACCCUAUAGGAACUUUCCACCCAGUAUCUGUGAGAUGUCAAAAAAUGAUAGCACUUGGGCCUCCCCAGUGGCUCAGUGGUUGAGCGCUGGGUUGCGAAACUGCCCACAGCCUCUGCAGCGCUGGUUUGAUCCCCAGCCACUGGGUGAGAGUCCCACAUGGCGUGCAGACCUCUCCUGCCACCCGCUGCUCCCCUCAGCAGUGUACUUCGUCGGUCUGCCUGUUCUGUUCCCCACUCUGGCUCUGGUGAAUUCUCUCACCCUCCUGCACUUCUGACUAUAUCCAGUGCUUGU